AUGGUGCUAUUAAAAUUCCCGAAGGUGAUAAAUCUGGUAGAGUUUAAAAAUUUUAAAAAUAAAGAAAGAGUCCCUUUCAUCGUAUACGCUGAUUUGGAAAGUGUAUUGAAUCCAAUGGAAAAUAAAAAUAUUUAUCAGCAACAUGUUCCAGCUGCUGUGGACUCCUACCUCAAAUGUUCUUAUGAUGACACAAUUUCUUUUUAUCGAUCAUACAAAGGUUCCGAUUAUAUGCAGUGGUUCACUGAUGAAAUGAAAAAACUGGCCGAAGAUUUGGAAACUCUCUUUUGGUGCCCUUUACACAUAGAUAUAUCUGCAGAGCAGGAAUAUGAUUUUCAAAAAUCUACAUAUUGUCAUAUAUGUGAACAACCGUUCGAGCAUGAUGAUAAAAAAGUUAGAGAUCAUUUUCAUCUUCUCCCUUACAAUAACUGUAGAGGUCCAUUCCAUAAGGGAUGUAACAUAAAUUAUCAGGAUAGUCAUGUGGUUCCUGUAGUCUUUCACAAUUUGUCCGGGUAUGACGCCCACUUUGUAAUAAUUGACAUAGCUACUAGACUGCCAUGUCGAGUUGAUUUACUUCCUAUCACCAAAGAUAAGUAUAUUUCGUUUACCAAACAUAUCAAAGAUUCUCCCAUUCAGUUUCGAUUUAUUGAUAGUUUUCGGUUCAUGAAUUCUGGUUUAAGUACAUUAGCACCAUAUCUAGAAAAUUUUCCCAAUUUAAGAUCUCAGUUUGCUAAAUUAUCUGAAGAUCAUUACAAAUGGUUUAGAUCCAGCACAUUAUUAUACCCUACCUAG